CCCUGACAUAAGCAGGUUGGAGCCAAAGUCUGCGGUUUCUUUCGGCCAACAUAUAACCCCAGUCUCAGCCAGCUCUGGGCCUAGUUUUGCCCCGAAGUUUGCUGAAAGAUGAAGUGUCAUUUGCUGCUCCUCCAGCUCGGAUUGUUGGGACUAGCCUGUGUGCAUGGAGCCCAGGUCUACAUGCAGUUCAACGGCCAUGGGUACUCGUACAACACGGAUAUCGACAGGGCAGGCAGGAGCGUCCUGUCCCCCAAACAUGGACAGGCAGCCGGUCCAAUCAAUUCCCUAGAGCUCUCUGGUCCCCUGCAGUUCGUGCAGCAAUCGCUGAGGUACAGGGAAUCCCCAACCGCCGGGAGCAGCUACAACAGCCACCCAACAGCAGACAGUGUGGCCACAUCAUCCCUGAGCAGAGGCUAUCAAACAUAUCCCAGUCCCAAUCUCAAUCCAAGUCCCAAUAGCUUCCAACAGGCCGCACCCAGCUUCGACUUCAGCACCCACCAGAUGUCGCAUGCCCAGCGCACCGAUGAGGCGGGCAAUGUCUUGGGGAAGUACUCCUACUACGACGAGGCCGGAUACCACGAGUUGAGCUACAAGGCUGGCGCCGGCAUUGGCUUCGUUGUCAUGGGUGGCAAUUUGGCCAAGGCCACCGCCGACCCGCAAUCGGAAAUUGGGAUACAAACGAAUGCCUUGAGUCCGACGUCCGCAAACUUUCAAGAAUUGCACAAAUAUGGCACCAACACUUAAAUAAAUGAAACA